UCAGUCAGUCGACCGGCAUUCAUGGUGCGGGAAACACUCGUGCUCUUUGCUCACGGCAUAUUUGUCUUGUCUUAUAUUUUUUUUAAAUUUACAAUAAAAACUUAGUGAAACCAGCUGCCUUGUACUUCCUUCCGCAUUACUCUCAAUGUGUCUGUGUGUCUCGUGAAAUCAAAAUUUUCUUCUACUCCCUUAGGAAAUAUUUAUCAGCUCAAUAUAGACGACGUUGAAAUUCAAGAGAAUUUAAAUUUUCCAAGCCACGCUGUCUACCUUUGAAAACAUUUCCUAAAAAUAGACUCUCUCUCUCUCAUGUGCCUAACCAAGCGUACGUAAAAAUAACUCAUAGAGCUAGAGAAACAGUUUGAGAUACACAUAUAAAUAGAGAAUGCAACUAUUGCAGGUCAACCUGAAAAAAAGCCACAUGUUUUGUUACAUAUUUUUACAAAGAUAGAGCUGCCUUAUCCUUUUUUGGAAGAAACAUUUUUUACUCACACUUUUUUGUCGAUGAAAGUCGCCUUUUUUUUGAUAUCAAGAGAUCUUUAUAUUUUUCGAGGGGACUUUUUAUUGUCAGCAAAAAAAAAAAAAAAUUCUAAAACUGAUUGUUGAAUUGAAAUUUUCACAACAUUGAGUUUGUUGACCUAAAAUGAUGUUAUGAAAAAUUUUGGUUAAAAUCUUUCCAAGGAAAUAUUGUACCGCUGUCUCAGAGGAGUCUUCGAUUCUUGGUAUAAGGCGAUUAAUCUUGUCAACCUAUAGCGGUUAUAGGCACUUUCACAGUUGCAGAUCGGAUAGCGAGCGCAGCUGGGACCAGACUGUUUUCCUGAAGUUGAGGAACAAGUCGCGUGGGAGUUACACACUUAGUAUUAGCAGUGGACGUGAAGAAAAAAAAAGAAGAGAGGAAUCUUGUUAGAAAAAGGAAGUAAACGAAGCGGUGAAGAGGAAGAGGGAUAUAUAGUGGAGCGGAAAAAGUGGAGGGUGGGAGUGAAAGAAGCGUUGUACGAUUUAUAAAGCGAACUGUAGAGGGCCAGAUAGGCAGGGUGGCCGCACGAGUGCACCUUUGGGGAACGGCAGGAGGGUCCUCUCCCUCUGUACCCUCAGGACGGGGAUGUCCCGAGAACGAGGGAACCUCCCCAGUCGCUCGCGCGUCAAAAACUCAUCGUCUCAUGGGCGCCAGCCUCACUAAACAGAGUAGGAGGGAGUCAACGCAACGAGAUGUGGAACGAGAACGGCGACAACGAAUGGAGGCAGAAGCUCGCCUUCGUGAGGCUACGACCGAGACCGAACGAGCGCGCUCCAGGGUACACCAUCUUCAAAGAGAACUGUCCAGAAUGGAAGAAUCAUCAAGAGGGCUAUUGCAACACAAGCAAAAAGCAGAGCAGCUGAAACAAGAGAAAACAGGUCUCACACUUUCUUAUGAGACACGAGUUCAUCAGUACCAGUCCCAAAUCUCGAAGCUACAGUUGGAAAACGAUUCGAUGCGAGAACAAUUACAAAGUCUAGAAACAACAUGUACAGAUGAGGUGCACGCAAAACUGCUCGCCAGGUUGGUUUUCUUAGAGACUGAACAUAGGACACUAGCGCGAGACGCCGAUGCACAACGUCGACAAUACGAGAGAUGUCUUGAUGAUGUUGCGAACCAGGUGGUUCGUGCCCUUUUAUCUCAAAAGGGAUUAAGAGAAGAAAUUGGAGCCUUACAGAGGCGCAUACGAGAACUGGAGGCCCAAAAUCGAGCUCUGUCUGGCAUUUUGGCACAAGCGGCAAGUCCUGGAACGCCAACUGAACUGAUCCAAAGUCUUCUAGAAGCUGGUCCUACUGCUUUGGUGGCAGCACUAGGACUAGAUUCAUCUUGGGUACCUCUCACGAGACCAAGAUCCUUAAACCUACAAAUACCUGUGAUGGCUACUGCCAAAUGUCGACGAAACAGACCACUAGGUCAGAAACCUUCAGAGGAGGAAGGUAGUGAAAGUCCCGAAAGUGGAAAUAGAGAUGAGGGAUAUUCAACAAUGUCGAGCGAUGUUCAAGGUGAAGGAACUCGUCAGGAACCUUCGAGAGGUCUGGAAGAUCUAAAAGAAGCAACAGACGAAACCGAAGGCGAUGUUUCUCCGGAUGCUCGAUUAGUUACUUUAGAUGCUGGUGAUCCGGAUGUUCUUUUUCUUCCACUGAAUCUUACUUUAGGAAUCAAUCCAAGACACAGCUAUCCCCCUACCAAAGACUUAGUUCCUUAUCAACAUGUAAUGAGAAGUUUCUCCGAUAGUCAUCUCUGUUUAAAACUCACAACGAAUGCAAAUAUAACUCCAUACAACAUCACUAGUCCUACUUCAUCUGUUCUUUUAGUGGAAGAGGAAGGUUGGGAUGCAGAAUAUGUUCAACAGUGGUUAAGGUUGGAUGAUACAAGAAGUGCGCAACAACAUCGAGACCUACUUGAACUUGAAUACGAUCGAGCAGAACUGGAAGAUUGGAGUUUUUCAUUGUCCACUGAAGAUCUGGUUCAAAACGAAAUUGUCGCUUGGAAGGAACCUGUCAUUUCCACUGCUCUUCCUGCGAUAAAAGAACAAAAUCCGGUUGAGCUUGAAGAAGAUGCCAACGAAUGUUUAUGGAAUGGUGCUAGUUAUCUUGCUGAUAGAACUGGUGGAGAAUUGGUUGCACUGUUAAUGGAUGCAAGAUCAGCAGGACCAUGGCCUUAUGCAUCAAGUCCCGGUGCUUCAUGGAGCAGUGAAGAAGGUGUCUUAGAAAAUUCCAGUAAAAGAUCUUCCGCCGCUCUUUCAGGCUGUAGCGAUGAUCCAGAUUCACCUUCCAUUGGUACAGACUUUACUCGUGAUUUUUACAGGCUCGUAAAAUUUGAGAGCACUAAGAGCUUGGCCAGUACGUCUUCGAGAGGUGGUAAACCACCGCCAGAUAAAGAACAAGCAUUACAAAGUGUGCUCUCGUUUAUUGCCGAACAACAAAUGUAUCUUGCCGAAUUACCACGCAACUCCUUAGAACACGAUGGAUUACCUACCUCUAACGAUGAUGUUAAUCCACAUAAGAAUGAUUGUCUAGAUAUUUAUCGUUCAAAAAUAAAUACUACUGAUGUAAAUAAGAGUCUUGAAUCCGUAACGAAUCAUGACCUUUUGGAUCAAAUACCUGUUCCGCCACUCACAUCUGAUGAAAGAAUUUUGAGUACAGCACCUUGUAAUGGAGCUUUAAGUUAUUCUACUACACCUUGUGAAUUGGGUGCUGUUCCUGAGGAAGACGAAGAAGCUGCGACUUCUUCCACUCCAAGCACAGUCGUAAGUCCGGCUCGUGCUCCUCUUUUAAUUGAAGGCAGAGAUCGUAAUUUGAGCUUUCAUGAGCGUGCUACCUCAAAAGACGUUAUAGACGAAUUGAAUCGAAUGAUUAGAAAAGGAGAAGAAAAUAGUAUGUGUCAAGAUACACAAGUAGUUUUAGAAAAGUUGGAUCUCGCUUGCUGUUGUCCCACUGGAUGGGUUCACGUUGAACGUGAAAUCGACUUUACCGACCCAAAGGCUAGAGCAAAUUUAUUAGACGUGAUGUUGGCAAGCAGUGAAAGUUCUUCAGCAACAUCGAGCAGUGGUUCUGCAGGUAGUGAUUCGGGCGAUGAACCUCCAGAUUACCGUCACCUGCAUAGGUUACACCGUUAUCGACGACAAAAGAAAGCAACGGCUGCUCAGGCCCAUCGAGUCCUUCGACUGCCGUCCACCUGGGGGUCGAUGAGGCCGUCCAUCAUUGGUCGCGGUGAUGACUUCUUCGUUCGCUAUGGCGCCAAAGAACGUGAGGCCGUCGCUUCCUUCAAUUUUUUGGACGACAUCGCCAUCACUUCCGUUGCUCCUUCAUCUUCCGAGGAAUCAUCCGUCAACGUUCUCGAUUUCCUCAGCACACCAUCCAUCGGCUUCAACGAUGACCUCAUGGAGGUCUCUCCUCUUUGAGCUAAACUUUGUUUUCCUCAAUGAAUCAUUCUUUUACAUAUUAAUAAUAUUACUUUGUUUUUAUAUAUGUACAAAGCCACUAGUCAAGCAAAAAAUCUUUUUUCUUUUUCCCAAUAUUUUUUUAGAAAUAAUUUGACUGAUUUUAAAAAAUUUUUAUUAAAAAAAACUGUCUUCUAAUUAUUAUUUUUUAUAUUUAAUAUUGGAACAUGAUUGUUUUUUUCUUCAUGAACUAUAUGCAAAAAAAAUAUUUUUUAAUUACAAAUUAAAAAGUAAUUUUCUAAUAUAUUUGAUAUUUUAUUAGGCGUAUGACGAAAUGUUAAUUUAAUAAGAAUAAAAUUAAAAAAUUCACCAUUAUGCUGAAAAGAUAGAUGUAUUUAUUUUACUUCAAAAAAAAAAUGUUUACUUUACUGGAAAAAUUUUAAAAGUAAAAAAUUUCUCAGCAUUUUUAUAUAAUAGUCAUUAUUGUAGGAAUAGAUCAGCAACGAUAAAAGGAGUUACUUUGAAAAAAAAAUAAUUUCCAGUUCCUCUUUUUUAAAAAUCCUUUUCUUAAACUUAAUUUUCAAUAUGUUUGUAUUCGAUAAUUUGACUAAAUUGUUUUUUUAGUAUACCAGAGAAUAAUAAUAAAAUAAUAACCAAAAAACAAUUGUUAGUUCCCUAAAUGAUUCAAUUCUCAUAUUUGAUUUAGUCAAAUAAAUGAAGAUCAUUUACAAAAGUGAAUAUGCCUUAGAAAAUACACUUUAGUAAAAAGAGUAUUUUUGAAUUUUGAUUCUAUUAGAAAAAUUUGGAAAUCAAAUCAUAUGAGAAGAAUAUAUUAGAAAAUGAAUAAUUGGAAAAUAUUUUUUUUUUUUUAGAAAAACUACCACAAUUUUAUCGAAAAUUAAAAAUAAUUGCAUCGUUCUUACAAAAAAAAAAUUUUGAGGGAAGAAAAAAAUAUCAAUAAAGUACUUAAUAAUAUUUUAAAAUUUUCUUUGCAUAUUACAAUAAUACUAUAUUAUAUUUGUCUACCAAUUUAGGUAUAUAAAGAAGCAACUCGUAUCAUUUAAAACUAGAAAAAACGAAUUAAUAGGAUAGACCUAGACUCUUUAAAUGAAAUUGUGAUAAUUUUCUGUACUUAUAUAAAUCUUACAAAAAAAGAAAACGAAAAUCGUAGAAUAAAUAUUUUCUUGCAUUAGUAA